AAGCUGCAACCUUUGUCUUGGACGAUUGAUUUGAUUCGACCGCACGCUUGCUAGACAGGAGGAUAGGGAGAGGCCGUAGACCCACCUCUAACACGUCGCGAAACAUGUUGUUGCUCAUUAUCGUAGCAGGAUUGUUCGUCGCUGUUAGACGACUGCUUCAACGUGGUUCACUAUCUCGGCUACUUAUUUUCGGGGGUUUGACGAUCGCUGGCGUACACUUCGCGACGAACCUCCUACCGCAUACAAACUAUGCUGAUGGGAUGACGCUCGUUGUCGUUGGGUUGAUUUGUACUUGCGCGCUGGCAGCGGUGGUACACCACGAUAUUAGGACAGAUGGGGGGUUGACUAGAGAUCACGAAGAGUUCGUUUUGAUCUCGCUAACAGCCCUAGUCUGGCUAACACUGACGAUGGCGUGGAGAAUCUCGCACUAUCCGGAUGCUCCAGACUUGACGAUACCAAAUUCUGUGGUCUCCAGGGCACCAUCCCCCGCACCCUCGCGCCAGGUGCAUAGGCCAAUCAUCUACGAUUCUGGUUGUAUCCCUGGGAGACCGUGCGUCGUCGAAGAAUGGUACUGGUAGGGAAGCCAAAG